AUGGCGCGCAAGUACCACCCGGACGUGUCCCCGCCGGACGCCGCCAAGGAGCACACCCGCCGCUUCAUCCAGGUGCAGGAGGCCUACGAGACACUCUCCGACCCCAGCCGCCGCACCACCUACGACCGCGCCCUCGCCCGCGGCGUCUGCCGCCUCGCCUUCUCCCCCGCCGCGCGGCGCCACGACGCCUCCGCCUUCUACCACCAGGAACAGGAAGAGAAGUCUGGCUGGAGGACAUCGUGGGAAGGCCAAAUAUCCGAGCUGAAGAAGCGGAGCACGUGGUUGGAGUUGCAAAGAAAGAAAGCCAUAGGCAUGGAUAUUCUUUCAGUGGUUUCAGAUGAAGGGAGUGGUGUGGACUGUGGGGGGACUGAUGGUGUUGAUUUUUUGUUUGCAGUGUACUAUUAUUGGCCACCUGUUAGGCAGAGCCAUGUUGGUGAUGGCUGA